AUGGUUGCCUCAGAUCACCCUUAUGCGAAAGAAUUGAAGAUUGCUUCUCUUGCUGUCAAGAGGGCCUCCGUGCUCACUAAAGGACUCAGUGACUCCAUUGUUGAAACCUCCAAGAGUGGAACUCAGAUCAAGAAUGACAAGUCUCCUGUGACUAUUGGUGACUACGCCUCCCAAGCUUUAAUUAAUCAUGCCAUUAAGCUCAAUUUCCCUUCAGAUAACAUUGUGGGUGAGGAAGACUCGAAGUCAUUGAAGGAUGGGUCUGAGGAGGCCAAUGCACUUAGCAAAAGAAUCUUGGAUAUCUUGAACGAGGUACAGCAAAAAACUCAAGCAUCUUCAGAUGAACUCGGAGAGCUUAAAGACUUGACCGAAGUUUACGAAAGCAUUGACUUGGGUAACUAUGAAGGUGGUUCUAAGGGCCGUUUCUGGGCUCUUGAUCCAAUCGAUGGUACCAAAGGGUUCUUGAGAGGUGACCAGUUUGCCGUAUGCUUGGCUCUUGUUGAAGACGGUAAGGUUGUUCUUGGAGUCAUCGGCUGUCCAAAUUUGCCUGAGCACAUUACGCUGAAUGAGAUCCAAUCUGGCAACAAGGGUGGCUUGUUUUCUGCUGUCACUGGCGUGGGAGCCUUCUAUACUCCGCUUUUUGAAACUGACGAAUUUACUCCUUUGAAGGAUCAACAGCAGAUUAAUAUGACGAGUGAAACAUCACCCGCCACCUUGAGGGUUGUGGAGGGUGUAGAGAAGGGCCAUUCUUCCCACUCGACUCAGUCACAGAUUAAACAGCAAUUGGGAUUCGAUGCUGAUACAGUCGCAAGACAAACUAUCAACUUGGACUCGCAGGUGAAGUACUGUGUUUUGGCAAAGGGUCAGGCCGACAUUUACUUGCGUUUGCCUAUUAGUGAAACCUACAGAGAGAAGAUCUGGGAUCAUGCCGCUGGAAAUGUUUUGCUUUAUGAGAGUGGUGGUCAAGUUGGUGACGUUACUGGUGAGCCACUUGAUUUCGGUAAGGGCAGACAGUUAGAGUCGAAGGGUGUCAUUGCUGCCAACAAGGCCGUAUUCUCAAAAGUUAUCGAUGCAGUAAAUAAGGUGUUGAACACUGAUGCUUAA